CUUCGCUCUUCUUUUUUUUCUUCUUCUUCUACUCAUAUAAUUCCGGUACAAGAAUAAUAAUAACUAUAAUCGUAAUACUAUAAUGGGCGCUAUUCAAAGUUGUCUCUCACCAGCACCAUACACCGAACUAUGCGCCAAAGACCUCGAUGAUACGAUUCUAAGCUACUACGUGGAUUUGGCAUCGGUCAAGUUUGACGGCUCAGUCGUAAGCACUUCCGACGAAUACUUUGGCGACGCUAGUAAUCUUAUUGACGAACUCGAUCCGUUGGAAGAGGAGGAAUUGGAUAGAGACGGUGAACGCGAUGGAUGGCAAAUCAAACGUCAUGUCGUCGACAAUGCAUGGGCAGUAGUACGACUCGGUUGCCAAGGUCACCUUUAUGGUUUCGACGUGAAUACGACCAACUUUAACGAUGCUGCACCGCUGACCGUGACGAUAGAAGCAGCACGCGCUCGCACUCCUGGUGUGCCCAAGUGGAUUACACUUCUCCCUAACGUGCCGGUCAAACCUAAUCAGCACAAUUUCUUCCUCUUGGGCAGUAGCGAUCUUGUUUAUUCGCAAGUGAAGUUGACGAUAUCGCCUGGAGGUGGCGUGGCACGGCUUCGUUGCUAUGGCAACGCUGUAGCUGACUGGCCUCGAAGCCUGAAGAAUCCUGUCAACUUGGCAGCCGCACAAAAGGGGGCGCGCAUCACACGCUGGACCGACACACAGUAUGCAAACGACCCAAAUAUUCUGAUGGAUCAUGGAGAAACCAGUGCGGAUGGAUGGGAGACACCCCAUUCUCGAGAGGCGGAGCGAAACGAUUAUGUGGUAGUCCAACUUGCUACUCCUGGAAAUCUAAGCAGUAUUACUGUCAGCACUGAGCACUUUUUAGGCAAUGCCCCUGAAUCGGUUUCCAUAGACGGAUGCUAUAGCGUCGAGGAGGAUCCAGCUUAUGAUUACACUGCCGAUUGGAGCAACCUUGUCCGACGCGGUGCCGUAAAGGAAAAUGCGAAAACCACCUUCCAAGUAACCUCCACUGAUGUCGUUUCGCAUUUACGGCUAACAGUUCAUCCAGAUGGUGGCAUACAGCAAAUCUUAGCAAUGGGCUUGCCAUACCAGAAGGAAAAUAAGAGUGAUAAACUAUUAGUGAUUGGCACAGAGGCCACGAAUGAUGCAGCGUCUAGUGACGAAUCGGUUGUCUUAAGAGACAACAAGGGUAGUCGAGGCCGCAAGCGCAGUUAUCGUGCUUCUGCAGAUAAAGCGACAGUUGCGAUCCAGCAGACAAUGGUAAAAACCACGCGAGCGAAACGGCGACAGAUCGCCGCAUAACUCAUGUAGAUCAUCAAAGUUAAUAAAACAAAGUAAAAUGGGG